UUGACAGCUGUGGUGUCAAAUUGAGUAUACGUGAUUUUCGUCCAUAAUCGGUAUUUUGCAAUUUGCAGGAGUGGAGUAUAUAAUUAUCGUUAAUCAAUUUUGGAUUUAAUUGUAAUAUAAUCCAAGUAAUAUACAUUUAAAAGAGACAUGCAGUCCCUUAAAUGGUAUUACAGUCAAUAGCAGCUCUAUCGUAUUGUUAUCUUCAAAAUAUUAGUCGCAUCUAACUUUGAAAAUGGUUUUACUAUCUUCAUUUACUGUUAAGUCAUUUUAUAGAAAACUCGGCAGACAGUGUACAAAUUUUAAACAUGUACACACAUUCUGUGCUGGAUCUUUGCAUUAUGUUGCGAAGACUUUUCCAGCUGAAACUUGGAGGUCGGCAAGAUACUUCACUACUUCUUUUCGUUUCUACGAUAAAAGCGAAACGAAGAAGGAUAUAAUCCAAAGUGGAAAUAAUAAAAAAACACAAAAACUCAUAGUACAGAAACCUCAAGGAAGUAUAAGUGUGAAAGCUGAAACAGAUGAAGAUAGUACUGUUACGAAAGUCACUAUACAGAAGGUCCAAGCUCAAGGAUCUAAGGAUACUGCACCUCCACCUGUGAAAAAACGACUUCUGAUAGAUUUCUCUGCUUCAUAUACUGAACGUAACUUUAUAACACCCAUGAGAGCCAUGACAGAAUACUUAUUGAAGCAGUCAGACUUAGAGUCUCUUCCAAAGGUAUUAAGGAGAUCGCCAUAUGAGGCAGAACCACCCAUAACUGUAUAUUACAGAAAGGAUGUUGAAGCAAAGGCUAUUGAGGUUUGGGGUUCAAAGGAAGCACUAGAUAAAGAGUUGUUGAGAAGAGAAUUAGAUAGAAGAAGAUACGAACAAGAUGUAUUUACUGUCAAGAGAAGAUUAAGGAAUUAUAGGAGGGAAAUGAGCCAUAAAAAAGAUGAUGAGGAAUCUGGCUUGAAGACUCGAUCCGGUCGGGUGGUGUUGACGGCAAUAGGAAUAAACGGUUGCAACUUUUUGUUCAAACUGUGUGCAUGGUGCUACACUGGGUCGCACAGCCUGUUUUCCGAGUGCAUCCAUUCGCUAGCCGACACGGUCAAUCAACUAAUCCUGGCCUAUGGAAUACAUAAAUCGGUUCAGAUGGCAGACCCGGACCACCCGUACGGGUACACGAACAUGCGAUACGUGUCGUCCCUCAUAUCCGGAGUGGGUAUAUUCUGCGUGGGCAGCGGGCUGUCCUUUUAUCACGGUGUCACUGGAAUUCUGGACCCCCAGCCGCUCCAUGACUUUUACUGGGCUUACUUCGUGUUAGGCGGGGCAGUAGUUUCUGAAGGCGCGACGUUAAUGGUUGCUCUGAACUCCUUGCGGAAAGGAGCGAAGGAAGCUGACACCCCGCUAUAUGAAUACAUAAUGCGCAGUUCGGACCCGUCGGUGAACGUGGUGCUGCUGGAGGACACGGCGGCCGUGGCGGGCGUGGUGGUGGCCGCGUCGUGCAUGGCCAUCUCGCAGUACACGGGCAACCCGCUGCCCGACGCCGUGGGCAGCAUCCUCGUCGGCACCAUCCUGGGCGGCGUGGCGUCCUUCAUUAUCCUUAGCAAUGUGGGCGCGCUGGUCGGCAGAUCUAUACCGCAGGAACAGUUGGACGAAAUCAAUAGUGUUUUAGAAAGGGAUUUCAUGAUUCGUGCCAUCCAUGACGUCAAGGGUAUCGAUAUAGGAAGCAAUCUGAUUCGAUACAAGGCUGAAGUGGAUUUCGACGGCAGAGCUCUUACAAGAUCGUAUUUAGAGAAGCACGAUUUAAAUGCGCUGUUAGAGGAUAUGAAAAAGAUACAAACAAUCGACGAUGUGGAAGCAUUCUUAUUGAAGCACGGAGAAAAUAUAGUAGACAUGUUGGGCGGAGAAAUUGACAGAAUAGAGCUGAAGUUAAGGAAAAAGUUUCCACAAGUGCGGCACUGCGACUUAGAGAUACUUUAAUGUUAUAAGACGCCUGCGGCAGCGAAACUGAAGAUAUAUAUGUAACUAUAAAUGUUUUAGGGGAUUAGUUAGCAGUACGUUAAAUGUGCAUUGUAAUAAAGUCACAAGCCAUUUCCGUCAGUAGAAAAAAGCGGCAAAACCCCAGUGAAAUUCCCGUCUGUUUCUACUGCCAAGUGUAUGAUCGGCUAUAUGUAGUCGGCACCGCCAGUAUGUCUCUCAACGAGGUACCCACAGAUUAUAACUGGGAACCAGAAAAAGUUUGUAGUGUAUGAUGUAUCUUUCGCUCGCUUAUUUUUUAGGUUUUCGUAGUCAUCUAGUGAGCCUUAUAGUUUCGCCAUGACCGUCUGUCCGUCCGUCCGCGGCUUUGCUCCGUGAUCGUUAGUGCUAGAAAGCUGCAAUUUGGCAUGGAUACAUAAAUCACGCAUUGCGACCGAACGGUAAACAAAAAAAAAAGAGUAUUUUAUACAAUCGUGAUAUAUUAGAAAGUUUUUCAUUCGAGUACCGUGUUUAGGCAACGAAGCUUCACUAUUGUAUACAUAUCUUUUUCUCCGUCAUUUAAAAUAAUACUUUCUGUACUAUUAAACUUAAAUCAUUAAUGAAAAUUGCUAAGUAUCUCAGUAGACAAAAACUUAGAACAAAAGACAUAAACGCGCGAAGUAAAAAGACAUACAAAGCGCUGCAAAGGUACUCCCGUAUACUUGUAAUGUACAUGUUACUUACUAAUAGCCCCCGUUUGGCCUAUUUUGACAGAAUGGUAACUACGAAACCCUACACUGAGAAUAGUGCGAAUGUUAUUGUCACCAGCUGGACACAAAAUUGUAGUCAUGGUAACAUGAUACCAAAAUCCAAUGGAUGGAUUAUGGAUAUUCUUUAUUUACUGAAUGAUCAAACGUCAACUUUUGACAACUUCCCUUCUCAUUUUAAUAAAUUGUUGUAAAUAUGGAAUGUUGUUAAUGGUACAUUGUCACAAGGGAGCAAUAUUACAUAUUUUAGGCGUGGGCGUACAAGUGUUAUAAUUAUAACGCCCAUGAUGGAAAUAAUUUUGCUACCUUGUGCCACAUACGACGUUUGACGACCGGUCUGGCCUAAUGGGUCACUACGGUCGUCAAUCGGUCCCGGGUUCAAAUCCUGGUAAGGGCAUUUAUUCGUGUGAUGAGCACGGAUAUUUGCUCCCGAAUCAUGGGUGUUUUCUAUUUAUUUAAUCAUUUAUAAAUAUUUAUAUAUUAUAUAUAUCGUUGUCUAAGGUAAGGACUCGCAACACAAGCCAUAUUGAGCUUACUGUGGGUGUGUCUUUAUUCAAUUUGUGUAAUAAUGUCCUAUAAUAUUUAUUUAUUACAUACUGCUUUUCACAUACCCAUCAGAAAAUAAAUAUUGUGUCUGAAAUAUUAUUGUUGCACGUAAUCGAUUAUGUGCAUACUAUUUUCAUAUUUCAUUGUGUUACUGGCAAAGAAAAGUGUCACCAGAGGACCUACCGCGAACCAUGUUCGACGUGUUGCCUCCGUGUCGCACUUGUAAAUUCGUACGUAUGUGUGACAAGGAGGCAACACGUCGUACGUGGUUCGCGGUAGGCCCUCUGAUCCCUCCUAGCAGGGAAGAAAAAGCCCUUUUCCGAAUAGGUGAUCUGAAAAGUAAGUUUUUGUUUAAGGGAAAAAUAUUGUUUUUAGACAGAAAGUACGAAUCAUUCUAACUUUGCUACUGGCGUAGAGUUUUAUUACAUCACGAUCUUAUUUAACUAUAAGCCUCGAGUGAUGUUAAACGCUCUACAAAAUUAUUAAUUUCGCAUCUCCUAAAAUCGCUUGAUAUUAGAAUGUUGAAUUUAUAUGUACAGAAUAAACUCAUUUACAUUUUACAAGAGGGCGAAGUUGUUGUUUAACCCCUCAUGUUAAUAUUGAUUCCCGAGGAAGGGAAAGAUUCUGAAAUUGAACCACGAGCGUACCGAGUGGUUCGAAAAGUGGAAUGUCGAGCGUUGCAAGUGUUUCAAGGUACUAGGGUUAAACAAACUUUGUUACUGAGUGAAACACAAAAUUGUUCACCACACCAACCCAAGAAAACUACUAAGUAGCUGUAAAACAUCACAAAUCGAAUCCAAAUGAACGCUAUUAAAUAUUUAUCAUUCAAAAUCAUUACUGAACACUCAAUUCUACCUGCCAACAUAAGAACACAACUAAACAUUUGCAUCAUAUUAUUUUGCAACUCUCGUGGACAAAAUGCAGCUGGUGUGGUGAAAUAUAUCUAUAUGUUAAUUAUUACUGAAAUAACAACCCACACAUAAGGUACAUAGAUCUAUCACCGGUCCAGCCAGAGUCACAGUUAUUGGAAGUUAAUACAUUUGGAAUAUGUAUUACCGAUUAACCUAUUAUAUUUUCUGUGAUUUAGUUGUAUUUAAUAUGUAUUAGAGUACUUGAGUAAGUUAGUAACGAGUUAAAAUAUUUGUUAAGUAUAUUUUGUGUAUGAUCAGUUGUUCUACGCAAAUGUGAGUAAAAUCUUUGACAGUCA